AUGGCCCCUGCCAAGCGCCCAGCUGCGUCCACUGCCGGCUCGGCAGCGAAGAAGGCCAAGGGCCCGGCCAUCGGCAAAAUGUGCAAGGAGAUUGCGUCUGCGCUGAAGUCCAGCAGCUACCCGAAGCAUGUCAUCGAGAUGUUGAGCCACAGCCUGCCUCUCUGCUUGGGCGAGACGAAGGAGGAGAGGCACGAGUUCCAGGCUCGCACUGUCGCGAUGACGGCGGAGGUGCUCGCAUCUGUCCAGGCUGACCUCGAGUCCAAGAUCUCAGGUGCCGAGGAGAAGAUCGCAUCUGGAGAUGCGGAGAAGACCAAGCGAGAGGCUGCUGUGGAGGAGACCAAAAAGGCCGUUGAAGAGAAAGCCGCCGUCAUGGAGACGACCAAGAAGGAGGCCGAGGUGGCCGCAGAGGAGCUCAGCGCCGCUGAAAAGGCCCACAAGACGGCCGAGCAGGAGCAGAAGGCCGGUGACACGAAGCUUGUCCAGGCAGAGACGAAGAAGGAAAAGCUGGAGACAGUGAUGACAUCGGUCUUCGUCCCGUGCAAGGAUGGUACCGUGGAGGCCAGCUCCAAGUCCAAGGCCAUCCAGGAGAUCACCAAGCUCGGUCGCUCCGAAGGCUUCGACACAGCGCUGCUGACAUCGCUGCCGUCCGCGCUGGGCAAGGAGCCAGCCGGUCGCGGCACCUUCGACCACGUGGUGGUGAAGCAGGUCGAGGAUGAGUUGCAGAAAAGGCUCGGUGAGCUGAGCGAGACCCUGGCAGCAGGCGCCCCCGAGCGGGAGGCGCGUGCGCAGAAGGUGUCUAUUGCAGCCGCGCAGAAAGAGGCGGCGAAGGUCAAGGACACGGCUACGAAAGAGGCAGCCAAGGCCGCAGUGGAUGCGCAGAAGGCAGCAGUGGCCGCCGAAAAGGCGGCGGCUAAAGCUCUCAAGGCCCUGGCACCGGAGAUGAAGGCGACAGCAUCGGAGCUCAAGAGCAACAAGGAGAGCUUGGAGGACUUCAAGACAGGAGUCCUGCAGUCCUUCACGGAGCUGGUGGAGCGCAGCAGCGUAGUGCCGGAGGUGGCCCCGGAAGCAGAGGCUGCGGCAGAGGCUCCCGCAGCCGCGGAAGCGCCCGCCGCCGCCUCUUGA